AACGAGCUCACUUAGCCACAUAUCAAGUCCAGCAUGUUCUAGAUGAAGAAGCUGUAACACUUGAUCCCCUACAAUAUGGCUACAUGAAGGACCCCACAAAUGAUUCUCUUAUCCCAAAGCAGGACAUAAGGAUUUGGCCUGAAGAUUUGAUAAAGCAAUGUACAUGCAAAACUUGCAGCCAGGCAUCAUGUGGAUGCAAACAGAGUGGGCAACACUGCAUAUCAUUCUGCAAAUGCACAAGUUUACAAACAAAUAAAUGUAAAAAUCCCUUUUUAAAAGAGAGUGAACUUUUGGAGGCAAUGCUUAAUUAAUGUUUUAUGCUG